AAAGAGGAGAAAAAGCAUUAGCCAUCAAGUGAAGCAUGUCCCUCCCAAAACCCAAAGGCGAACAAGAACAACUCAAACACUGUCUUGUCUCCUUAAUCUUUCCAAAGUCCAAUUCAAACACAACACAACAACCUUAAUUUAAAACCAAUAAUUUCCUCUUUCAUUUUCUUCACAAACCAAAACAAACCCACAUGGCUCUUCUUCACAAAAUCCCAUCUUUCACUCCAAUUCACCAUUUUCCAAUCAACAAAAACCACCCCAUUUCCUCAAUCUCCUGCACAACCUCAUCAACCUCACCUUUCACUGAGAAACACUCUUUACAAAGAUACCAAAGAGACCAAUGGGUUUAUCAGAAAACAACCUCAUGUAACCACAUCCCUUGUGAUGAUUUAAGAGGUUCAAUAAGAGAGGAUGAUAUAGCUUUACAGCUUCCAGAGCUGAAAAAGCUUGUUAAGGUAUUGAAAGAAAAGAGGGAAAGUGAAGGGAAGUGUAGUGAAGGGGAGUGUGUGAAGGGUGAUGUGUUUUUGGUUGGAACAGGACCUGGUGAUCCUGAGUUGUUGACUGUUAAGGCUGUUAGAGUUAUUAAGAGUGCUGAUUUGUUGUUGUAUGAUAGGUUGGUUAGUAAUGAUGUUUUGGAUUUGGUUGGUGAUCAUGCUAAACUUUUGUAUGUUGGGAAAACUGCUGGAUAUCAUAGUAGAACUCAGGAAGAAAUACACGAGCUUCUUUUGAGUUUUGCAGAAGCUGGGGCUACUGUUGUGAGACUUAAAGGGGGUGAUCCAUUGGUCUUUGGAAGGGGUGGUGAGGAAAUGGACUUUUUGCAACAGCAAGGUAUCCAUGUCAAAGUUAUUCCAGGUAUAACAGCAGCCUCUGGAAUAGCAGCAGAGCUAGGGAUUCCUUUAACUCACCGCGGUAUUGCAAAUAGUGUGAGAUUCCUCACGGGGCAUUCGAGGAAAGGAGGAACCGAUCCUCUAUUUGUAUCAGAAAAUGCUGCAGAUCCUGAUUCUACCUUGGUUGUUUACAUGGGCUUGUCAACUUUCCCUUCCCUUUCACAAAAAUUAAUGCAUCAUGGUUUGUCGCCUCAGACACCAGCUGUAGCCAUUGAACGAGGGACCACACUUCAGCAGCGCACGGUGUUUGCAGAACUUAAGGACCUUCCUGAGAAAAUUGCAUCUACUGGAUUGGAGUCACCAACUCUGCUAAUAAUAGGAAAAGUUGUCGAGUUAUCACCAUUUUGGCCAAUGCCUACGAAACAAGAAUCAUCUUUAAUGCAAACAUGAUGAAUUUUUGUGAAACAUUAUUACUGUGAAGAUGAAGGAUUACCUUUGCAUACAAAAGGGUUCAAGGUCAUGUAACUUGAGUGUAUUUUCGUAUGUUUGAGAAAAUGAAGAUUGUCUGCACUUGGGUUGCGGUUUGUAUUGAACUUGAUGGGUUUGCGCAGAAGUAUUUUGGAACAAACAGUCAUGCACAAAUUUUGCUCAUUUUUUAACUGAGGAACAAAAUAGUACUCUACAAUGGUUUCAUUUGAGGCCAUAGUUAACCUGGAUUGGUCUACUUGGUCAUUAGGUGAAAAUUUUAGCCAUAAGAUAUUUAGGAUCAUUCUUUGAUAACAGAGAAAAACUAACUUCUGUUUGAUUUCAUAGUUCAGUCGUACAUGUAAUUUUUAGAAUUUGAAGAUGCUCAUUCUGUCACCAUUCAUUUGUUCUUGUCACUUGCUAGGUAAGCAUAUUGUACUGGUUUCGAAUUGUGAUUACAGUUGCUGUUAUGGCCACUGCAAUAACACAUUCUCACCCCUCUUAAAUUGUAACACGUAAUCAAAAUUGACGACUUAUUUCGCA